AUGACUGAUGUCCUGAGUUCCCCAACUAUGAAAACAGGUAAUGUGUUGGCACUUCUUAAUACACUUUAUACGUCAGGAUUCGCUUCAGCGUCGCCAGGUACUCCAAUGCUUAAAGGAAGAACAAUGCACACGCUAUACGCCGUGUCUUUUGUUGUAUAUAUAUCCAAUUGUAUGUGUGAUUGGUUCCACGUCUGGGCAACACUACAGGGAAUGGUGACUUCGUUUCCGUUGGAAAAUUGGCUUGUUAUCUCUCUUGUUGUGACAGUAGUUGCCGGAUCAAUGUUAACCUGGUUACUACUGGUUCUUUGCAUGGAGAAUGCCUUUGCGCAUCGUCUUGACGUUACACCUUAUCGUAGUGGAUUCACUUUAGUAUGGGAAGCACUUAUAGACUGGAUA